AUGGCUGCUUCGGGAGGUGCCGGGCUUCGCAUCGACUUCUGGGACAGGGCGAUAAGUGCCUGCCGCCGCGCGGGACAGUGGCAGGUGGUUUCGUAUUUCCUGGGCUGCAUGCGGCAUGGAGGUGUCUAUGCAGAUGCAGUCUGCUGUGCGAAUGCUAUGAGUAGCUGCCUCAAGGGUUUGGCGUGGGAAGCAUGUAUGUCCUUCCACAGACAGAUGUGCAUGGACGGCGCUGAGCCGGAUUUGGUGUGUAAGGGAGCGGCUUUGACUGUUUGCAAGCAGCUUCACGUCUGGCGGCGAGCUCUGGUCUUCCUAUCUGCGGCAUUUACAGGCGGGGAGCUUCCCAACGACAUUUGCUUCAAUGCGGCCUUGGCUUCCAUGGCGUCUUCCGACAAGUGGGAGGCCUGCACGAGACUUCUUGCAGCCGUAGAGUGUCAGCUUCAACGCCCGGACGCCGUGACCUAUGGAGCCUUGCUGCCAGCCUUCGAAAGGCGACGCAGCUGGGCGGAAGCCCUCGCAUUUCUCGAAGCUCCCGAGGUCGGCGUCAGUGCCUUCAACGCGGCAUCCAGCAUUUGCGAGAAGGCUGGCCUCUGGCUGACGGCUCUCGAUCUCUGUUCUUUCCGGAUGCCCGCAAGGCGCUUGGAGCCAGAUCUCAUCACCUUCAAUGCCGUGACCAGCGCUUGUGAGAAGGUUGCAGCAUGGGCGCUUUCCAUAGAUCUUUUCACAUCUCUGUCGUACCGACACCUCCGACCUGAUGUCUUCUCCAUCGCAGCCUGCACCAGUGCUUGCGGAAACGGAGUGAAGUGGCAACUUGCGCUGAGCCUCUAUGGAGAUACCUCCGAGUUGAUCGACACCUCUGUCGUCAGCUGCAGCGCCUUGCUCACAGCUUGUGAGCAAGGAAGGAAGUGGCCUUUAGCACUGCGCCUACUCAAGGGCACAGCACCGUGCACGCAGCUUGACACCGUUGCUUGGAAUUCCGCGAUUGCUGCUUGUGCAAGCUGCUACGAAUGGGAGCAAGCCGUCCAUCUGUUGGCAGAGCUCUACCAGGCCGAGCUGCUGCCGAGCGUGCUGACGUACCAGUUCGUUCUGGCCGCAUGCGAGCAAGCGUCGCAGACAACACUGGCUCCCGGGCUUCUGGAGGCUGCCCCGAUUUGGCUUCUGCCGUAA